AUGGGAGAAUUGAUGUCAGAAGAAUUUAAAUUAGAACAGAAGCUGAAAGAUGCAUUUGAGAAGUAUGACAUUCAGCAUACUGGGAAGAUUAUGUAUAGCGACUUGGUCUUAUCUUAUCUUAUAAAAUUUAUAACGCUUAACGUCCACUACGGGGUGCCAACUCCAGAGCUGCUACCAUAUUUAUGCACGUGUCGGGCCUGUGGACCUCUGGAUCGAUCCCUUUUGAUCACCAAGACACGGAUAAAUAGGCGUUCCGGCUUCGACGGGCUUCACUGCCACCACGGCUUUAUUUCGAAUCAGCUCCUGCGCGUGCUCCACCUGAGGGUCCACCUUCCUUCGGGUGUGCUGAGGGGUAAAAACUCAGGUCUUGAGUGCACUGAGGAGCAGUUCCUCUGGUUAUCCCCAAAGUUAAACCGCUGUUGCUGUGCAGAAGUUCUCGAGGUAAAAACCCAACCCCGUAAAUAAAUUGCUUGAGUGAGAGAAAGUUAGCGGAGCUAACUUCGCUUGAGCGAAAGCCAUUUUAUUUAUGUAUAGCGACUUGGUCACUGCUAUAACAUUUUAUUGCAAAGACAACGAAUUGAAGAUACCAAAUGAUUUUGAUUAUAACAAAGUUCUCGGCCAUUUUGAUACUGAGAAUUCUGAUUCUUUUGAUUUUGGACAGUUUAAAGAAUAUAGGCCCUUCCUAUAGAUGGCGCGCAAUGCGCCAUCAUCGGGCCAUGUCGGGAGAGGUUCUCCACGAGGAAUGGUUCCACGUGUGGAACCCUCUUUUUCCACGAGCCAAAAAGAGGGUUCCACACGUGGAACCAUUCCUCGUGGAGAACCUCUCCCGACAUGGCCCGAUGAUGGCGCAUUGCGCGCCAUCUAUAGGAAGGGCGUAUACCUGAUGGCAGUUAUUAAUGAAUCUAGCCAGCAAGCGCUUAAUAGCGAAAAAGUUUCAUUGUAA